ACCAACAGAAACUUUCCAGUCGUUGCUCGUUCAUCGAUCGUUACGACCAGAGUCACAUUUUGCCUCAGCGCAUAUGAAAUCAGCUCCGAAUCCGUGCAAGUAAUUGUCUGUCUGCGUGUGUGUCUGUGUGUUUGAGUAGUCGUGCGCAAAGACAUUGAUGUCAAUGUGUUGUGAACGCCAGUGUGUAGAUGCCAGUGUGUGACUUCCCGUGACCCGAAAGACCUGCAGGGCUGCUUUCGACGCAUCGUAUCUGUGAUUUAGGAGGCGGAAAAACAAGUGUCCAUUCUGGGACCACGUGGUUUUGCGCUCGGUAGUUGGGGUUUCCACAUUUUCCGGACCUCUCAAUAAGUGAACCUGCUCCUGCUUGUGAUUUUUACUCUACAGUGAUAAAGAGUGCCCCGUACUUCGUUCAUCGUUUCCGAGCCCUGAACUCGUCCACCCGUGGCGUCCGGGAACUGAAUGGUUAAGGAGCAACGGUGUAGCGGAGGCAGUGUGAAUUAUUUCCAGCUUUUCAGCUCGUUCAGUUUGGUGACCACAUUGUUCGACCUUUACGAAGAUUGCAGCAGUAUGGCCUGUCUUCCUCAGUCAGCGUUCGCCGUGCACAAGAUCCGGCAGGCACAGCACGAGAAAGAUCUCACCGUUGCACGCAUGACAGGUGACAAGCAAGGUCCGAGAUAUUUGAACAAGAAUACUCUCGACCUGACGCCGGUCAAGUAUAAUGGCAAGCUGAUGAACAGCAUCUGGGGUCUGUACAAUCGCUACUCGCCCCAUAACUUCAAGAAGAACAAUGGAUCGUUCGGUGGUUUCUUUGGCAUGCAACAGCCAUUUGCUGUUGCAUGCUCUCCGAUGGAGAAAGAACUACCGGUACCCAAUCCAGCCGACCAGAAUUAGAUUGGAUUAUGAUAUGUAGCCGAUUCUCGCUGUUUUCUAGACUAAUAGUGUGUAGAAUCCUAAAUGUGAUUUAGAUUGGAAAUAAUAAAAGAUUUAUUCUUUAAUUUUUAAA